AUGAUACAAUCCUGGAAGAAAGCUGGGGCCUGUUUACUAGUCCUAGCAGCCAUGGCUUGUUUCUCAUUCGGUGAGGCCAUCUACAUCGUCGCCGGAAAGAAUGGGGCUAUUGUCCACUCCAAAGCGAUGACGGAGAGGAUUGAGCCUCCCCCAAACACAACCAUGGCGAUCCGACGAUCUUCCCCCACACCGGUUGAUUUCCCCAUCUGUAGGGACCCUCAUGGCGCUGCCCGACCAUUCUGUCUCCCAGAGAAUGGUGCAAAUGUGACAGUGGGUGGGACUUACUACAUCACCUGGGACGCGGACUUUUAUCCUCUGAAUGCCACAAUCACCAUCGAACUGAGAUAUGCGGACUCCCUGGAAGGGGAUUCGACAUUUACCUCUGACAAGACGGACAACAGCUACGGAUAUACUCACAUCCAUAUGCAGCAAGAAUGGCUUCAAGGAAAGCAGCAGAACCCUCUGACGCUUUACAUCAUCGAGCUGGACUCGGUGUCAGAUAAGCGGGCAAGUGCCCGACGGGGUCCAACCGUUGUUCUUCACCCCAAGCCAGUGCAGCAUCGCUUGUCUCCUCGACCGAUUUCCUUCAACAAGUUGGGCCUGUAUAUUGGCCUCCCAGUGAGUCUCAGCGUGGUCAUACUCGUUGUUGCUGGUCUCUACUUUGGCAUGCGAGACAGCAGGCGAAUUGAUCUGGGGAACAUUGGGGGCCCGGGGUAUGGCAUUAGAAAGUCCAAAGGUCAGCGUCUAGGUCGCAACCGGUGCGAGUCAACGUCGGAGAGAACUGUGGAUGAGACGAGCUCGGACAUCACCGAAGUCGCCCAGCCCGGUGGAAAGGGAGCUUUAGAGGGAAGUCUCAGCUUUGGGUUCAAGCGUGAUUCGUCGAAAACAAAGGGCUGGCAGGUGUAA